AUGGCCGAGGCUACGUCUCCGCAGGCGGAGACGAGUAACGCAGACAUCCAAGAGCAAAAUCCAGAGCACGCAGCAGCCCGGGAACAAGCAGCUCAAGUUGCGCCCAACACAGAGCUGCAGAGCGAACCGCAAAUUGCUGGAGAGUUAUCCGAACAACCGGUCUCUGAUGAGCCCCUAGAAUAUCCUGAAGAGGCAGUCGAUGCUGCGAGUCCGUUGAGCACCGAAGGCUGGAACAAUCGCCAACUCUUCGAGGAGGACCUAAACGAAGCCCUCAAUGACAUCCAGUCACCCGGAACCUUCGCCUCCCUCCACCCCUUAAAGGGACCCCUCGACCCGCAGCUGUUCGUCCCGGACGUGGGCGCCGUCACUCUUCCUCUGCGAGAGGCGGACGCGCGCGGCCUGGUCGAGAAGGCGAGACAGGCACCCUACGGCAAGGGCAGCGACACCGUCGUCGACACGUCGGUGAGGAAUACGUGGGAGCUCGACCCGUCCCAGUUCGAGCUCCGGAGCCCGUCGUGGACGACCGUGCUGCGGCAGCUCACGACGAUCGUGGCGCGGGACCUCGGCAUCAACGCGCCCAUCGUCGCGGAGCUUUACAAGCUCCUCGUUUACGAAAAGGGGGCCAUGUUCAAAGCGCACGUCGACACGGAGAAGAUCCCAGGCAUGUUCGGCACGCUCGUCAUCUGCCUGCCCUCCCCGCACGACGGCGGCGAGGUCGUGGCCAGGCACUGCGGGGAGACGAAGACGCUCAAGACGUCCAAGUACCGAGAGGGCUCGUUCGCGGCGUGGUAUUCCGACGUCUCUCAUGAGGUCCGUCCCGUCACGUGGGGUUACCGCGUCGUUCUGACCUAUAACCUCGCCCUCGACCCGUCGAAACCGGUCCCCUCCGCCGGGCUGCGGCGGACGGAGACUCGAAAGCUGCGGCACACCCUGAGGAGGUGGCUCAGCGGCGGCGCGGGCGAGUGCGAGUCGGACCACGUGUUUUACAGGCUCGACCACGAGUACUCCGAGGCGAACAUCUCCAAGGCGGCGAUGAAGGGACGAGACCACGAGCUGGUCCAGGUGCUGGACGAUCUCUCGACCGAGCUGGAGUUCGAUAUCUUUCUGGCCGGCCUGGAACGCCGAGAGGAGGGCUCCGUGGAGUACUACGGCGAGAAGUAUAAUGGCUAUCGGUACCGCAAUGAUUACUCGGACGAAGAGGAUGGCUGGGACGACGAGGAUGAAGGAUGGCAUGAAUUACAGGAGGUAUUCAUGGAAGAAGAGCGUGCCAAAUUCAUCGUUGGCACGAACGGCCGGCCUGUUCUGCGAGAUGUUAGGCUGGAGGAGGAUCGGUUCCUUGACAGCGAAACUUUCUUUCAGGACGGUGAUCAGGAGGAGGAUUAUCAAGGAUUCAUGGGGAACUCGGGCCCCAGCGCUACUCAUUGGUACCGUGUCACCGCUGUUCUGCUCGUGCCACGAGUGAAGGUGGUUUCGUUCCUCCGAUCCCACCUUGAUGAGGGAAAGAACCAUCGUCUCUACUCCGACGGGUACGUUUCCAAGGGAGAGAUGACCAACCAGCGUCUAGUCAUCAGCUACUUGACGAGUUCAGCUUUGAGACCGGGUCCCGCUCAAGCUUCUGCUCUCCAGGCGUUGCGAGAUAUUUGGAAUGAGACCAUCUGUAAGCCGAAGUCGAAAGUGACUCUAGGUGAUGAUGACCUGGUCAAGUUGCUUCAGGGCGCUGUGCAGCUGAGGGAGUGGGGUUUCUUCAAAGAAAUCGCCGCUGAACCUCAUGGCCUCAUAAUCUCCGAGUUCUACGAAUGGCUGGGCAAGCAGGUCGAGGAAGGCAAGGUAUCUUUUCAAGACGUCAAGCAUGGUAUGACCACCAUGAUACUCGGCUGCAGCACAUACUCGACGCGUUUCCACAGGAUCGAGUGUUUUGUGCCAAGCACCUCACCGAUCUUGACCGACGAAGUCCGUGAAUGGGUGCUUGACACCCUGUCCAAGGGCUUGGCAACCUCAUCCCUGUGUGGUUAUUUCCACGGAUCGGAUGGUCUGAAAACCAUAGUCACCGCCAGACGAUAUGCCGACUUCGCCUGGCUGACCUCCACUGCUGUUCCUUUGAUCGAAAAUCAUCUCAACAUCCCAGCCUUUGCCCUCGACUUUCUCCAGGGUCUCUUCUUGCUCACCAAGGCCAAGGUUUUUCCUGUGCAAGAAGGCGUCCAGCUUUUUAAACGUCUCGCCAAGGAUGUCAUUUCUAAACUCGACUUCAAGACGGUCUACGGCGACAGGCCGGAAGAGAAGAACAUGCAACCAAAGGACCGCAAGCACAUCUCCGGUCAUCUCGGACCAGACGCCGAGUACGACUGCAGCCUCGACAUCAACCCCGACACCUUGGCAAACUUCUUCUCCUACCUGAUCAAGAUGAGCUCGCCCCCGCGAGAUGAUCUGGUGAUGCCCCUCGCAUUGAAGCUCGUGGGCCACGCCCCGCACAUGAAAUGGAACGACUUCCACCCCCUCUGGAUCCCCUUCCUGAAGGAACUCAUCCCCGUCCUCGAGUCCCACAACAUACCGCUCACUACUCCCCGUUACCAACAAAUAUUCGGCGCCAUCCUCGAGGCCUACGCCGCGGCGUACGUCGGCACCAAGCCCGCGCAGGGCGUCUCCAGCGAUCGCACCGUGCCGAACUGCCAUUGCCAAGACUGUCUUGUGCUCAAUAGAUUCCUCCAGGACCCGAACCAACGCCAAUGCAGGUUUCCCGUCAGCAAGAGGAGACGUCACCAUCUCCAUCAGCAGAUCGACUCAUGGCAGAUCGAAUGCUCACACGCGAGCGAUCGAAGCGGCGUCCAGGACACGCUGGUGGUGAGGAAGUUGAGGCCGAACCCCGAAGCCAUCUGGAACGCGCGAAGGGAGGAGGCCGGCGAGCAGAUGCAGGAGUUCGAUCAGAUGAAGCUGGGACUGUUGUUGGGGAACGACUACCCCCGUAUCAUGCAGCUUCUGUGGGAUAGGCCGGUGAAUCUGGCUCCUGGCCGCGGCGGCGUGACUUACAUGCCGGCGCCUGUUCAAGCGCAUUCGGCAGCUCCGGCAAACCCACCGCCUCAGGCACGCCCAGCAGGGCUAUCACAUAUUCCUCCGCCUCCGAUGCAGCAGCCGGUUUCAACAUACGGACUGGGCCCGAAUCGGCACCCCGGACAGGCACCGCCGGGUCACCCGAUGGGUCCUACGGGGUGGUUCGACUUCCCCAAUGACAAGCCGUUUCCCACAGCACCCCCGGGCCGCUUCGGAGUGUAUCCUCCGAAGAACGCGGUCCCGCCACCGACGAUCCACAUGCCGCCAGGCGUACCAGAACCAAGGCUCCCCGGCGGAGGCGGGCCUGCUCUGUCUUCGAUGCCUACCAUGCCGAACCAGAUGCCCGGUCAAGGACCGAUGUUCGGCGGCAGACCCGGCCACUUCUCCGCCCCGCCGCCCGGAGGGCCUCUUGCGCAGAUAGGGGGCAAUGCCGGUGGCCCGCCUCAGGGAACUUUGCCCAACAUCAGCAGCGCGGGCUUGCCUCAGCCCGUCGCGGGAACGAAGCGUAAAGCGGAGCACGAGGUUAUCGAUUUGACUUGA